AUGGGAGACGCGAAGAAAGACCCCAUAAGGUGCCUGCAAGGACUCGGCUGCGGUGUCGUCAAGGGCAAUCAAAUCUUCCAUAAAAUAUUGGGCUACCUCUCGAAAUUGCUGCCCAGUAAUGUCCAAGUCCUUGGCCACUGCCUAGGCGGUAACGUCGACCUUGCUGCCAAGAGCAAACUCAAAAGCCAUAUGCUCAAAGGAGAAGCAGACAAGACACGCAAACGCGACGAACAAGAUAUCGCUAGCGACCGUGAAAAGCCUGCGUCCAAGAAGGCGAAGAAGGCCCCUGGAGUCACCCUGCCAGCUACAACACGCUUCAACUUCUAUUUUGAGCAUAAAGGUGGUUUCGAUUUAGCUUUGCGUUGUAGGCGUUUACGCCAAGCACUUCAACCCCUGGACAACAUUCCUAUUGAAGUUCUUGAAUGGGUCAACGGUCGCUUACACAUCGAUCAAAAACUAAUAGAAAUACAGUAUCAAGAUGUAGGUAAUCCCUAUACUGGAAUUUUAUCCGGAGCGAGACAGGUUUUCAUUUUGCGAUUAAAAACAUCAUGUCUGGACCGUCUCUCUCUGUCGUGA